AUGAAUAAUAUCAAUUCGGUUCCGAAUUCUCCACGAACUACCAGUUCGCCGGCUAUGUCAGCAAAUACUCAAAAUACAUUUUAUAACCAACAAAUGCUUCUACAGCAACAAUAUAUGCAAAUACCAUCUCUUUAUGGUAGUCAACAAACAGGAGGAAUUAUGUUACAACAACAUCCGAUGGACAUUCAGGCAUUUCAACAGCAGCAGCACCUGUUACAAGUUAUGCAACAACAACAGCAGCAACAACACCAGGCAUUGCAGAAUCAUCAGCGUACUUUAGGACUUCAUGAUUCACAAACUUUUGCGCAACAGCAGGUAGUACUACAGCAGCAACAAUAUCAGCGUGCAUUACAGCAAGCAGCACAGCAGCAACAACAACAAAGGCAGUUGGAACAGCAACGUCUAUUAGAACAACAACAACGGCAACUUGACCUAAUGCAUCAGGAGCGUGAGGCAGCUCGAUUGCAACAGCAACAGGAUGAAUUGUUACGCCAAAAAGCAGAAGCAUUGGCACGUCAGCAGCAGGAGGAAGCAGCACGGUUAAAGCAGGAAGAACUUCGGCGAAUAGCUUAUCAAAAGGAGCAACAACUUAAGCAGCAACGAGAAGCACAUGAAAAAUUACGUUUGGAACAGCAACGAAUUUUGGAAGAACAGAAACGGCAGGAAGAAACUCGAAAACUUGAGGAGCAACGCAAAGAAAUGGAAAAAGUGCGUGCAAUACGAGAGCAACAAAAUCGAAAGCAACGUGAAGCACGUGAAGCUUUCAAUGUAAUGAAAGAAAAGGCCGAUAGUUUUCCCAUUCCCAUACAUCUGGCUGGUUGUCAUACACUUACCAAAUUGGUGAAUCAUCUACCAUUUCCGUCUCUUUAUUUACCUUAUACGAACAACCUGAAAUGUGAAACCAUAGGUCUACCACGAAUUGGACCUACACAGAAAGAAAUUUUAAUACAAGCGAUUGAAGCUAUUUCACAGAUUGAAACUUCCGAUGUGUUAUUGAAACAUGAGGAUGGUGAAACGAAUGAUUUUGAUGUACAUGCGGCACCGUGUUUUGUGCGUGAACUAUAUGAAAUCAACCAUCAGGCAUUUGAUAUUGACAUUCCUCAAAAUGUCGUAGCUCCUGACAUAAUAGACGUAGCAGCCAGUGCUUCGAUUGAAACUGAAACGGAUGUUAUGGUGGAAAAACCAGCGGAACCUCAAGAACAAAUUACACUUGCCAAAGAAGAUACCGCGAAAACAAAUGCCACAACCAAAGUUGAAUCGCUAAAAAUGGAGGCAACAAGUGUUUCCGAAACACAUACCCCAUCUUUCUCAAAUACACCGAAAUCAACUACAUUACAGGAAGAUGAGCAACAAGUCCAACUACGCCGACAAAUUGUUUCUCUUGGAAAGCAACCAAAAGCUCAGCAAAUACGUAGGAAAAAGGAUAUGGUUGAAUCGUUGUUCGACUCUCUGACUGGUUAUUUUGAUCCAAGUGAAGGUCGACGGCGCAGACAGCGAACAAAAACAUACGAGGAAGAACAGAACGAGAAAGUGCAAAUGGAACUUUUUGCACAAAUGGAGAAAGUAGAUACUAAUGAAAAAGAAGAAAAAGGACCUACAAAAAUUGAACACCGUCCGGAUCAUGCAGGAACAUCCAAGGAAGGAUCGACGGAAAAUGAUGACAAACCUAAAUUUUUUGAAGGACAUAAAAGAGGUCGUAAAAGAGUUCGAGAAAAAACCGUAGAGCAACCGGAAAGACCACCGACACCAACGGAAGUGAUUCAACAACGGGAAUUGGAGUGGCGCGAACGCCAACGUAAACGGCGUGAGAAGCACAAACGUCGGCAAAAUGAAUCGGAAUCUGAAUGUUGGAAUAAUGAAGUUAUGGCAGAGAAAGAAUCGUAUAUAAAAUUCACGACUAUUAUUGAUCAAAUUUUUGAAUGUAUCGACGAACAAGAUUUCGUUCCAAAUACAAACGCAGAUGAUGAUACCGGAAUACCACAAGAUUUUUUGGACAAAGAUCAGCUCGAAGAAUUGCGGCAAGAAGCGCAGAAAUUGAAAUCGUGGAAAAAAAUCAAUAAAGUCAAUCCGGAACGUCUGGUAAAGCUUUUGACAAUUCUGGAAAAGAAUAUACGUGACAUAAUUGGUGCAGAAGGGGAGCAGUCACUCAUUACUCUUUUUAAUGAGGAAGAUGAGGAUGAUUCAAGUGAAGCAUAUCGUGAAGCAAUUGGUGAUCGGAUAAUGCGUGCAGCUGAUGCAUCAUGUACAGCAAUGCUUAUAAUGACAUCUACGAAAAUGCCCAAACAAGUAUUUAUCGAAGACCCAAUUGAUCGUUCUAUACAACUUUGUAAGCAGUUUCUUAAUAAUAUUGUGUAUCCGACAUCCGAUAGCUCAUGUCGUACUUCUAAUAAAGGACGAAGAAAUGAAGAUAGGAAACGAAAGAGAUCUAUGAGUAUUGCUCGAUCUCGUGUCAUCAAAAACAUUUACACUCGUGUUACUGAACUUGUCGGAUGCUUUGCUGAGCUUGUUCGUAUGCAAUCUUUAACAGAUACGGCCAUUUUGCAGCUGUGCACUCUGGCAUCCGGACCAUUCUUUGUAGAUAAUGUUGGGGAAUUACAGAUGCAAUCAAUUAAACUUCUUUCAGCUAUUUUUUCACGCUAUGAGAAUUUUCGGAAAAGUAUUAUUCAAGAUUUGCUCAGUUCUGUUCAUCGUCUACCUCCGACAAAAACUUCCAAAAAUAGUUAUCGUAUGACUGCUGAUGAAUGGAUCAGUAACAUGACUGUUCUCAUUAUGCAACUUGUGCAAAGUGUUGUGAAGGUUCCACGUCGGCGGCGCUCCGAUGAAUCUUUUGAUGUUGGUGAAGAAACAACAGUCGAUGAUACUAUAGUAAAAGAUUCUGUGGUUGAAUGCCAAAAAAUUGCAUCUUUGUUUCUCAGUGGAUUCCUAGCUAAGUGUACAGCCAAAUCCGAGGAAGAUUAUCGACGCCUUUUUGACCAGUUUGUUCAUGAUUUGCUCACUGCUUUGUACAAACCUGAAUGGCCUGCUGCUGAAAUGCUUUUGACAUUAUUGGGCAAUGUCCUGGUUACUUUUUAUCGUUCGAAAAAUGUUGACAUGUCACUGAGAAUUGCCAGUUUGGAUUAUUUGGGUACAGUAACUGCUUCAUUACGUAAAGAUAUGCAGCAAACUAUAUCGGAUGAUAUCCGGCUCGAUGUAGUCGUUAAAACACUGUUAUACGAAGAGCUUGAGGAAGAGGAACAGACGGGCGAUAUAGAUACUAUCGAUAUCAGUCAUAUGUCAUCAGCAGAUAAGAUGAAGAAAGUUCAACGAGCCUUAAUUGAUUAUCUUGUUGAAAGAAGAGGUGACGCUGAUGUUUCCAUCGAGUACGCAGUAAUGUUUUAUGUGGGUAUUUGGUAUAAGGAACUCUAUGAAGAAGCAGAGUCAGCAAAGCAGAAGCUAAAACAGAUCAUGAAUAGUUGCGAAAUUAGUGACAAAGAGAAGCGAAAAUUUGAAAAGAAAUCUGCCAGGGUCUUGGAACGAUGUCAACUAAUGAAGAUAUUUCUCAUCAAAACUGCUGACAAAAAGCAUAUCAGAAAACGUGCUGAACAAAUCGCACGAACUGGCAGCAUUCUGAUGGAUAGUGACGCAUCAUGGCUUGUAAGAUUCUUGGCUUCAAGUCGAGAAUUUAGCCAGUCAUUUUCGACAUACCUUAAUCAUAUUUUAUAUGGCAUACAUGCGGAACAGGCAGUAGGUUUAAGGACCAAGGCAAUGCGGUGCUUAACUUUGGUCAUUGAAGCAGACCAUGCAGUUUUAAAAAUUCCUGAGGUACGAAAAGCAGUCCAGGCAAGGAUGAUGGAUCCAAAUGCAGCAGUUCGUGAAGCGACAAUCGAACUUAUUGGGAAGUACUUGAUUGCAAAACCUGAAUAUGUCCCGCAAUAUUACCCAUUAUUAAUUGAACGCAUAAAGGAUUCUGGUGUGGCAGUUCGAAAGCGUAUAAUACGUAUACUGCGUGAAAUUUGCGAGAAACAGCCCGAUUAUGAAAAGGUGCCAGAAAUGUUAGCUCGAAUAGUGCGUCGUAUCUCAGAUGAAGAAGGAGUAAAGAAGCUAACCAUUGAUACAAUGCAGACUUUAUUGUUUCAACCUACUCGUGAACGUGAUUCUAUUCAACUAGUGAUGACUUUAACUGAUAUGGUCCAAAUAUGUGUCAAGGAAAAUACAUUGGACUUUUUUGAACAACUACUAAACAGUUUACUUAAAACCAAUGAUCGAACAUUGCUAUUUGCUUCACGACAAAUUGUGGAUACAUUGGUAGACAAUGUACUUACGUUAGAUUCAAAAAUGGCUUCAGGUGGUGGUGAAGUAAUAAAUAGUUCCGAAGAAAGCACUUCUAUGAAUGCAGCGGCAGCUCAUAAGGAACAUCAAGAACGAAUGCUGGCAUGUCUGUCUACUUUAUCACUGUUCAGCAAAGCGAAACCAGAUUUGAUGGUCAAACAUGCCGAAACAUUGCAGCCGUAUCUAUCAAUGAAUAUGAAUGGACCAUCAGAGCAACAAGUUAUGAAUCAGGUAAUCAAUAUGCUGGAAAGAGUGGUUCCACUGAUGGAUCAUCCAUCAGAAUCAUUUCUCAAAACACUUGAUGAAAGCUUAUAUCAGCUGGUCAAAGAUGGUGGUAUGCGUAUCAUUGCUUCGUCAUUAGCAUGUAAUGCAGCUAUAUACAAUAAGUGGAAAAAACGAACUCCUGCGAUUAUUGAGACAUUUUUCAAGUAUUUGAAAUACCUGCAUCAAAUAAAGGAGGAUGUAUUGCGCAAACAAACUUCUGGCAUCCUACCAGUAAGGAAACCAAUGGUGCUAAGGUCAUUGUUUUCAGUCGGGCUGAUGUCACGCUAUUUCGAUUUGGAUGCAAUAUUGGAAAAUGAUGAUGAAGCAAAGAAAUUUCUAGAUGCGAAUGCUUCCAUACUAUCGCCGUCCUCUCCAUUAACAGAAGUAAAUGAGGAGCAUGAUGAGGAAGAGAAACAAUCUGCAAAAUCGAGUCCUUUUGUUGAAAUGAUUUUCCAAGUUUUGACAACGUUCUGUAAAUAUCGUGAUGGUGAUAUUCGACUAAAGGCUUUGAAUGCUAUUGGAAAUUUCACCGCAACUAAUUCGGAAUAUUUGACACGAACGGAGCUACGAAAUAUGUAUAUGACAUUAUUGGGAACUGAGGAUAAAGAAUAUUUGGGUUUGAAAAUACAAACUUUGAAGAAUUUGGAAAUAUUUUUGAGUGCUGAAGAAACAAAAAUGGUCAAGAAUAAUAGUGAAUGGCAUAUGUCAAAAGAAGAACAUGAUUUGAAAGAAAUGGAACUGGCAAAUUCCGGAUUAGCUUCAGCGAUCAUACAGCUUUACUGGAAUGCAGUACUGAACUCAUAUUACAAUCCAGGUGAUGCUGUACGAACUGCUGCCGUGCAGGUUGCAAUUCUAACCCUAAGUCAGGGGUUGGUGACGCCAGGUUCAUCGAUUCCAACGUUAAUCGCUAUGUCCACUGAUCGAAACACUCUUAUUCGGAACAAAGUGGAAAAUAUUUUGAGGGAUAUCGACUCGAAAUAUGCUGGCAUGGUUCCGAGUAAAGCAGUAGCAGGUAUACGAUGCUCAUUUCGUUUGCAUAUGAUCAUAAAGAAGGAUCCGGAAUGUGUCCUUCGUGGUAUUCGAGUCUGCGACCAAGCAGUAAUUGCUGCAGGUUCUAUUGACAACCUUAAAUUAGUAAACGGAGUACCGAAAAUGACCAACGACGGACAAGCAUUGCUCAGUGGGCUCUAUCAAAAUCUUCGUGGUAAUCGACAACAGCGAAGAAGCUUUUUAUCUUCUAUUCUUCGAUUAUUUUCCGAGGAUUCCCGAGAGAAAUUGACAUUGGAGGAGUGGUUAUUCGUUGCUGAUAAUCUGGCAAUGUUUCCAUAUCAGGUAAUAGAUGAGCCAUUAUAUGUAAUCCGUCGAAUAGAAUCCAUCGUUUCCAUUAGUGGACAAAAUAUAAUCAAUAAUUUUAUGGGGCAACUUCUUCCGCGACCAAGCAGUGUAGAAAAUGAUGAUGAAGCUGAAUAUACACCAGAACUUAUCUACAGACGAUUUCCAGAAGAUAAGAGCAUGCUUCACGAAUGUAUGAAAAAUAGUCAAGCAUGCUUUAUAUUACUCUAUCUGAAAAAUUUUUUGAUGAAACUUUAUGGGUUCAGUGAUGCAAAAGUACAAGAGUAUAGUCCAUCAGAAGCAGCCAAAGUUUAUGAAAAAGCUGUUAGUAGUCGGCGUAAUAUGUUGAUGUUCAAUCCGCAUUCAGCGCUUCAAGAACUUCGUCCAGAAACAGCUCAGAAGCGUGAUACGGUUAAUGGUCAUAUCGAAAUGGCUAAUCAGAUUGUAGCUUUCCGUAACAUGUUGCUUUCUUUGGAUCGUGAUAAUGGUGAUGAGCAUAAUGGAACAGAUAGUACAGGAUUCAUGGAAACAGUUCUAUCAAAAGACACUAAUAAUACUAUAACGGAAGAUGAGGAUCAGGAUAUGCAUAUGACUGAGAGUAUUUCCGAUACUACCAAUCUUAAUGAAGUUGAUGCUAGGUCUGCGUAA